GCAACAUUCUUCGUCGGAAAGCUUCCCGGAGAUAAUUCUUAACCAGCUCUACAUACUCAAAAAUGGAGUUCUUCCGCAACUAAAAUCUGUACAACGGAGAAGAGGGUCGAAGAAAGAUGUAUAAAGCACUGAUUUUUUCAGUCUUGUUGGUGUCGGUGGUAGCUCCGGUGAGAUCUCUAGACCCGCCUUUAAACGACGACGUUUUGGGGCUCAUUGUAUUCAAAGCCGAUUUACGAGAUCCAGAGCAAAAGCUAGCUUCUUGGAACGAAGAUGACUACACUCCUUGUAGUUGGAACGGAGUCAAAUGCCAUCCGAGAACCAAUCGAGUCACUGAGUUAAACCUAGAUGGCUUCUCUCUGUCUGGUCGAAUUGGUCGUGGGUUACUUCAGCUCCAGUUUCUUCAUAAGCUCUCUUUGUCAAACAACAAUCUCACGGGAAUCAUUAACCCUAAUUUGCUGCUGAGCCUUGUUAACCUUAAAGUUGUCGACUUGAGUAGCAAUGGCUUGUCUGGUUCGCUUCCUGAUGGCUUUUUCAGGCAAUGUGGGUCAUUAAGAGUUUUAUCUCUGGCGAAGAACAAGCUAACUGGGAAUAUUCCGGUUAGUAUAAGCUCGUGUUCGUCUCUUGCUGCUUUAAACUUGUCCUCGAAUAGUUUCUCUGGUUCUAUGCCUUUGGGGAUCUGGUCUUUGAACACUCUAAGAUCACUUGAUUUGUCAAGAAAUGAGUUAGAGGGAGAGUUUCCGGAGAAGAUAGACAGAUUGAACAACUUGCGUUCGCUUGAUUUGAGUAGAAACCGGUUAUCAGGUCCUAUUCCUAGCGAAAUCGGAAGCUGUAUGCUGCUGAAGACUAUUGAUCUGAGUGAAAACUCUCUAUCAGGUAGCGUACCAGAUACAUUUCAGCAGCUUAGUUUGUGCUAUUCUCUGAACUUGGGAAAGAAUGGGUUAGAAGGUGAAGUUCCAAAGUGGAUUGGAGAAAUGAGAAGUCUUGAGUAUUUGGAUCUUUCCAUGAAUAAGUUUUCAGGGCAUGUUCCAGACUCCAUAGGCAACCUUCUAGCACUGAAAGUUCUCAACUUUUCUGGGAAUGGGCUUAUUGGUAGCUUGCCGGACUCAACAGCCAACUGUAUCAAUCUCUUGGCCUUAGAUUUUAGUGGGAAUUCACUUAAUGGAAAUCUUCCCGUGUGGAUAUUUCAAGAUGAUUCUCGUGAUGUUUCUGCAUUAAAGAGUGAUAAUUCCACUGGAGGUAUCAAGAAGAUCCAGGUGUUGGAUCUCUCCCACAAUUCCUUCUCUGGCGAGAUUGGAGCUGGUCUAGGAGAUCUUAGAGACUUGGAGGGUUUGCAUCUGUCCAGAAACUCUCUUACCGGCCCCAUCCCCAGUACCAUUGGGGAACUAAAGCACUUGGGCGUCCUUGAUUUGAGUCACAAUGAGCUUAGUGGAACGAUUCCUCGAGAAACUGGUGGAGCUGUUUCUUUGGAGGAGUUGAGACUAGAAAAUAACUUGCUGGAGGGACAUAUUCCAUCUUCCAUCAAGCAUUGCAGUUCCCUUCGGUCUUUGAUCCUGUCACAUAACAAGCUGAUAGACUCAAUUCCACCAGAACUCGCGAAACUUACCAAACUCGAAGAAGUCGACUUGUCAUUUAAUGAACUGACCGGAACGCUUCCUAAACAGUUGGCUAAUCUCGGCUAUCUCCACACCUUCAACAUAUCUCAUAACCAUCUCUUUGGGGAACUGCCUGCAGGUGGAAUCUUCAAUGGUUUAUCCCCAAGUUCAGUAUCAGGAAACCCAGGAAUUUGCGGUGCUGUUGUCAAUAAGUCUUGUCCCGCUGUCUCCCCAAAACCGAUUGUGUUGAAUCCUAAUGCAACUUUCGAUCCUUACUCGGGUGAAGUAGUGCCUCCUGGUGCUGGUCACAAAAGGAUACUCCUUAGUAUAUCUUCUUUAAUAGCCAUUAGCGCUGCUGCAGCCAUUGUGGUUGGUGUAAUAGCCAUCACAGUACUUAAUCUGAGAGUGCGCGCAUCAACGGUUUCAAGAUCAGCUGUACCACUCACGUUCUCAGGCGGAGAUGACUUCAGCCGAUCUCCCACUACUGAUAGCAACUCAGGGAAGCUGGUGAUGUUCUCUGGUGAACCUGAUUUCAGCACUGGAACACAUGCUCUGCUGAACAAAGACUGUGAGCUCGGUCGAGGUGGAUUUGGAGCAGUCUACAGAACAGUUAUCAGAGAUGGGUAUCCUGUAGCUAUCAAGAAGCUCACUGUCUCAAGUCUUGUCAAGUCUCAGGACGAAUUCGAAAGAGAGGUCAAGAAACUUGGAAAACUCAGGCAUUCAAAUCUGGUUAAACUCGAAGGAUAUUACUGGACAACUUCUCUUCAGCUUCUGAUCUAUGAGUUUCUCUCUGGUGGGAGUUUAUACAAACACUUGCACGAAGCACCAGGAGGUAGUAGUUCGCUUUCUUGGAAUGAUCGGUUCAACAUUAUCCUUGGUACAGCGAAAUGCUUAGCCUACUUGCACCAAUCAAACAUCAUCCACUACAACAUCAAAUCGAGCAACGUGUUGCUAGACAGCUCUGGUGAGCCUAAAGUAGGAGACUACGGAUUAGCGAGGCUGUUACCCAUGCUAGAUAGGUACGUGCUGAGCAGCAAGAUACAGAGUGCUUUGGGAUACAUGGCUCCAGAGUUUGCUUGUAGAACGGUGAAAAUAACAGAGAAAUGCGAUGUUUAUGGAUUUGGAGUCUUGGUUCUUGAAGUGGUUACUGGUAAAAAGCCUGUGGAGUAUAUGGAAGAUGAUGUUGUGGUUCUGUGUGAUAUGGUGAGAGAAGCUCUUGAAGAUGGAAGAGCAGAUGAAUGUAUUGAUCCGAGGCUGCAAGGGAAGUUUCCGGUAGAAGAAGCGGUUGCAGUGAUAAAGCUAGGGCUCAUUUGCACUUCUCAGGUUCCAUCAAGUAGACCACAUAUGGGAGAAGCUGUUAACAUAUUGAGGAUGAUCAGAUGCCCUUCAGGGAGCUCAGAUGAGUUGGGUUCGAGUUGAAAAGAAAGUAAAAACUAACAUGUUUGUUCACCAAGUUCCGGCGAAGAGGAAUCCGGUUUGUUCAUUUGGGGGUUGUAAGAGAGAUCCUUGUUUGUGUUUGUUUUUGAUAAUCUCUUAUGUGUUAUCUUUUGUGUCUGUUAGUUUCAGUUUCAAUGUUUGUAGCUUCUAUUUAUUGUUCUUAUAACAAUUUUAGGGUUGUAUCGGAUUUGUCUUCACCGGGUUCCAUAAUAUGGGACUCUUUUGAUGAAAUCUUUACUUAUUAUUAUGAAAGAAAGCCUCUAGUCUUCA